UUACUGCUUUGCUGGUACAUCAUGGCUGACUUUGACAUGGUGCUGAAGUGCUGGGGCCCAGUGGAGGCCGACUACACCACACAUGGAGGCCUGGUGUUGACCCGUUUAUUCACAGAGCACCCAGACACCCAGAAGCUGUUCCCCAAGUUUGCUGGCAUCGCCCAGGGUGAGCUGGCUGGCAAUGCAGCUGUCUCUGCCCAUGGUGCCACUGUCCUGAAGAAGCUCGGUGAACUGCUAAAAGCCAAAGGCGACCACGCUGCCAUCCUCAAACCCCUGGCCACCACCCAUGCCAACACACACAAGAUUGCCAUCAAUAACUUCAAGCUGAUCACUGAGGUCAUUGCUAAGGUCAUGGGGGAGAAGGCAGGGCUUGAUGCAGCAGGGCAGGACGCCCUGAGGAAGGUCAUGGCUGCUGUUAUUGCUGACAUCGAGGCUGUCUACAAAGAGCUGAACUUUUCUGGCUAAAAUCUGAAGUCACUGAGGGCACACCUGGGUAGAAGAGGACAGACAACAGUCAGAAGAAAUCUUACCAGCUACAAGUCCAUCUAUGAGAAUUAUAAGGUGUCAACUUAACUCUGCUUAGUAAUGAAUGAAUUGCUCUGGUCUUGCAAUUAAGUUAAUUAAAUAUGACUCUUGUCCUUUUUUAUUGCAGUUUAAUGAAAUUGCCUUUAUAUCACUUGCUUAGCCUGCAGC